AUGUCUAAGAUCCUAACUGUUUUUGGUGCCACGGGAAACCAGGGCGGUUCCAUCAUCCGGGCUGUCCUCGCCGAUGCAGUGCUAUCCAAGGAUUAUAAGAUCCGAGGUAUUACUCGCGAUGCAUCUAAGCCUGCGGCAAAGGCCUUGGUGGAAAAAGGUGUCGAUGUCGUUUCUGCCGAUAUGAACUCGAAGGCGUCGCUCGCCGAUGCCCUGAAAGGCUCCCACACCGUCUUUCUUGUCACGACGCCAGAUUUCAUGUCUGGUGGUGGAACGCAGGAGCAAACUCAGGGCAAGAAUGUUACAGACGUCUCAUCUGAUGUUGGAGUAAAGUAUCUGAUCUACUCUUCUCUUCUUCACGUUACUGAGGCCACCAACGGACGCCUCAGCCAUGUGGUUCACUUCGAUGAUAAGGCGGAAGUGGAACGCUAUAUCCGCUCGAAGUCUAUUCCGAGUACAUUCGUGCUUCCUGGAUAUUUCAUGAGCAACUUUACAGCGUUGCAGAUGAUUAAGAAGGGUAAAGAUGGUGUUUACUCGCUCGCCUAUCCCGUUGGUGACAAGGCCAAAUUUCCACUUGUCGAUGCUGAGUCCGACAUUGGAAAAUUUGUCGUCGCGGCCAUCCGUAAUCAACCCAUGGUCUUGGGUAAGCAGAUCCUGGCCGCAGCUGACUACUAUACCCCUGCGCGCAUCGUCUCCGAAUUCGAGGAAGUGACCGGCAAGACGGCGCGUUUCAUCCCUAUCGACGCAGCUACAUAUAAGAGCUUCCUCCCUGAACCGUUGGCCGACGAGAUGCUUGAGAAUCACUUGUUUAUCGAGGAGCCAGGCUACUACGCUGGACGAGAUCUGAGGGAGAGUUUGGACUUGCUCGAGAGUGUUGGACUGAAGCCUACCAGCUGGAAGGAUUUCUUGACCGCCAACAAGGACGCGUUUCAGUAA